AUGGGCGCGGACGCCGCGAACACCACCAGCUCAUUCGCAAGAAAACAGUGUCUAAUCAAGCUAUGCCGAGCCUUCCUGCUGUACGGGGCCCCGACCCAUAGCAUCGAGGAGUUCAUGGCCGUCUCUUCCGUGCACCUCGACAUCGACGCCCACUUUCUGUACGUCCCCAUGAGCAUGGUCGUCACGUUUGAUGAUGGCACGAGAGGAGGGUCGGAGCUCCACAUCAUCCGCCUCGAGCCCGGCAUCGAAGUCGGCCGCCUGAUGGAAGUCUUUCGCAUAUACAAAGAUCUCGUACACGGGGCCAUUGACGUGGAAGAGGCAACGAGACGGCUGGACGAUGCCACCGAGCGCAAGCCCAAAUUCUCGAUCAAGCUCCGGGUUUUGAUGUACGGACUUGCGUCAGCAUGUUGCGCGCCGGUUGCGUUCCAGGGCCGCCUCGUGGAUCUUCCUUUCGCCUUGAUCCUGGGAAGCGCCGUCGGCCUGUUCCAGGAGGUGUGGUACCCGGCCGACGACCACUUCAUUCCUCUGUUCGAGAUGACGGCUGGCAUCAUCACGGCGUUCAUCGCACGAGCCCUUGGGUCGAUCCGGAACGGCGACGUCUUCUGCUUCGGCGCCAUCGCACAGAGCAGCAUCGUCUUCAUUCUUCCGGGGUACAUGGUGCUGAGCAGCUCCCUGGAACUGCAUACAGGGCACAUCGUCGCGGGAAGCGCGCGCAUGGUACACGCCGUCAUCAGCACUCUCUUUCUCGGGUACGGCAUGGCCAUCGGCACAUGCCUGUACGGGCUGGUCGACAGCGACGCCACGACGGAGGUGGGCUGCAGAGAUCAGCUUCAGCGAAAGUGGCAGUCGCCAUUUGCCCUGGCCUUCAUCAUUUGCCAGUGCAUCAUUCGCCAGGCGCAGUGGAGGCAGAUGCCGGCGAUAUGCGCCAUCGCCCUCGUCGGGUUCUGGGUCAACUCGUUUUGCAGCAGGCUGUUUGAUGGGGACACGCACGCGGCGGCCAUGCUGGGCGCCUUGUCCGUCGGUUUGCUGUCGAACCUGCACUUCAGGCUGUACAGGCCGGCGCAAACGCUCUGGUUGGCUCUCAUGUCGUGUUUGGAGUCGACCUCGCGAUGGUGCUGUCUUACCGAAGGGCGGAACCUGGGCCUCAGAUGGGGGCGUCGACCUUCAUGCAACGGAGACGCGGAAUCGCCGCCAGUCGUAUCGCCAAAGGGCGCCCCACGCAAGGGAAGCUGUAGCCUCGCGGUUGCCGUCAUGCUGCAGGCCAUCCUCAUCCAGCUUCCGACCAGUCUCGCGAUACACGGCUUCCUGGCGGCGGACACCGUCUUCACGAGCUCACUCAAGGGCAACCCGCUGACCACAGCAAGUGGUGCUGGUCCGCAGGACGGCGCGAGGCUGCCCGGCAGCUUGGACAUGACCUUCUUUGGUGCCUUCUGGAAGGUGAUUCAGGGCAUCGUGGGAGUGAGCUUUGGGCUUUUGAUUAGUAACAUGAUCGCAUAUCCUCUAGGCAGGGGACUUUCACUGCGCAGAGAAUAG